AUGGUCGACGUUGCAAUUGUUGCCAGUCUUAUCUUCCUUUCUGUCGCUGUGAUAAGCAUCAAUGGUGUUUGUCUGUUUAUUUUAUGCGUGAGCAGUACAGAAAAGCGUGCAUCAACUCUCUUGAUAGCGAACUUGCUCGUUGCACACAUUCUCCAGGGAGUGUUCGUUAUCCCACUGUACACGGUGAAACAAUGGGAAAUGACCGACAAAGAGGCCAGCGCCUUUAUUUGCACAUUUUUUCUCUACUCGUACCUACUAACUAAUUACGUUUCGGUGACCACCGUGUUAAUCUUGGCAGUGGACAGAUUCAUCGCUAUCUAUUCGCCCUUAAAAUAUCGCGUACACGCAACGCCUGCAGCUGCAAUGAAAGUCAUCGCCUUUUCCUGGAUCUACUCAACCAGCCUGUGCUCCAUACCUUUUGCUCAGCGAAGUGAGAAAUGUUAUUACAUUCCUAGUAACAUUUGGACCGUUCUUAUGCUUUUGAUUAACACUGGCCUACCAUUCGUGAUAAUAAUUAUUCUGUACUGUUAUAUAUGCUACAAGUCUCACAAAUUCGUCAAAAAUCGCCGAAAAAGACGGAAUUGCCAGGAGAAAGAAGAAGCAAGGUCCUGCUCACAUAAACGAAAGCGGAGAUUGCUGUUAAAGUUGGAGCUGGCAGCUGCAAAAGUGGCCGUUUUAAUUUCUAUCAGCUACAUUAUUUGUUGGGGGCCAUCAUUUGGCUAUUAUCUGACAAAGAAACUGUGUCGCCAAUGUUUUAGCCCCUCAUUUGAGGAUUCCCAAGAAGAAAAGAAACUCAAUUAUGCAAUGAAGUUUUUAACAAUGAUAGAUGGCCUAGUUGCUCCAAUAAUUUACUGCCUGCAGAACACCAGAAUUCGAUCCGCAGCAAGAAAAAGAGUAAGUAGAAUGAUUUCACAGAGAUCCUUGUUGUCCGAAUUCAGGUCGCAGAAAAGUACAGUAACGUACAACCAUAGGGGAUCUUCCAGUGCCUCCAAAUAUCUCACUAGCGUCGUGGAAAUAGCAGAAGAUCCAAAGUCUAGCUCGCCAUCUAUGACAAGACUUAGGAUAAUCGAAGGCUCUUAUUGAUCACUGAGGACUGGGGACGAAACAUGACGCAUAGUCAGAAUUCAUUGUUUAAAAUUAUUUAUGAGAGAGAUUAAGAGUUGGAGCUGCAGGCACCUUGGAUGAAGCAAUCAAGACUCCUGUGCAGUUCUGCUUAUAUUUGCAAGCCCUUUGCAAAGAUUGAAACCGAAUUAGAAUGCCAGAGAAAUAAUGCCGGUCUAAACGACAUUUUAGCUGAAAACUGAUUUUACUAAAAGCAAGCAGUAAUUUUUUCCCGCUCUUAUCACAUUAAAAUUGCUGUUGUUUAGCUUCGAAUAAAACCUAUUUUCAGCAUAUCUAGCCUGUGUGUUAAAAAUUCAAAAUCUUGAUUUUUGCUAGUUAACGUACUAAAAGUACAUGAAACCUUCUGAAAUGUGUAAGGAUAAAAUCCUACAGACCCUGAAAUAAACGAAUGGCUAGGCCUUUUAACCGAUUACAGUCUGAUAGCCAGAUGCUAUAGAGUGAAAGUGGUAUUCUACGAAAAGCAUUCUAGAACGCUGAACAAGAAGCAAAAUAAAAAUAUUGUUGUUUUCCAAAAUUCAAUGCAUCUUAUUGCAUCUUAAGUUGUCAAUCACUAUUUUUUGUUCUUGCUA